AUGACUGACCCAGCAGACUCGGACCAGCUCAACAACGCUCCUAUCCCGGCUUCCCGAGAACCCUGCUUACCUCCUCCGGAGCGCUACGCUGGAGAUCCAGGAACCUGCCGAGAGUUUCUCUCCGAGUGUUCCCUCAUCUUCGAGCUGCAGCCCUGUUCGUUUCCCUCGGAUCGCUCGAAGAUAGAUCUUAUAACGCUGAUGUCCGGGAGGGCUCUCGCCUGGGCGACAGCGUGGGGUGACCAGGCCAAAUCUCUCCGGGUGCUCAUUGACUCUGGGGCUGACGAGAGCUUUAUCGAUGCUACCUUGGUGUCGGAGCUGGGAAUCUCCACUCAACCCCUCUCCAUUCCCAUGGAUGUCAGAGCGCUGGAUGGGCGCUCUAUUGGCAGAGUCACCCGCAAUAUAUGGUUCCUAUCAACCUACGGGUAUCAGGAAAUCACAAUGAGUGUUCCUUGGGAUAUCAGCCCCCGCUCUUCCCUGAGCAAGAGGAAGAAGUCAGCAUACCCACUGCCCAGAUGUUUAUCCGCCGCUGUCGCUGUACCUGGCCGCUCUUCUAAAGACCACAUCCAGGUAUCGGCGACAGGCGGAUCGCCAACAGACCCCUGCACUCCGCUAUCUGCUCGGGCAGAGGGAAACGGUCAGAGGUCUGACUACCAGACAGUGGACCAGCAGCCAGAAUCUGACCCAGUCUAUCCAGGAGACUCUGUGACUCUACAGUGUAAAGUACUCUCUGAGACCUGUACAGGAGAACACAGUGUGUACUGGUUCAGAGCCGGAUCAGGAGAAUCCCAUCCAGGAGUCAUUUACACCCCUGGGAACAGGAGUGAUGAGUGUGAGAAGAGCCCUGAGACUCCCUCUCCUACACAGAGCUGUGUCUACAGCCUCUCCAAGAACAACCUCAGUCUCUCUGAUGCUGGGACUUACUACUGUGCUGUGGCCACAUGUGGGGACAUCCUGUUUGGCAAUGGAACAAAACUUAACAUCAUUAAAGGAAACACAGUGGAUCCCAUUGUCCUCAGCUUGGGAGCAGCAGUGGCUUUUUGUGUGAUUCUAAUUUUUAUUCUCGCUUGUACCAAAAACAAGAGGCAAACAUGUGAUCAUUGUAAAGCAAGUGUCUCUCAGCAUACUCACCAUGAUGAUAACCUCUCACCAGAGCAGUCAAGUGGUCAGGUGCCAAACACAUAUAUGUUGAAUUAUGCUGCAUUGCAUUUCUCUGAGAGGAAAACUAAAAGAGGAAGAAAGAAGAGAGAGACACCACAGGAGAGUGUGUACUCUGAUGUCAGGUGCUCAGACUGGGAGUGAACUUUGUUUAUGUGCAGAGGAAAGGGUGUAGUUUGGUCAAUAAACUAUCUUUAAUAUAGAUGUAUAUAAUGUAUUCAGACAGUCAUGACAUUUUAGCCUCACUGAUACUAUAAUGUAUAAUAGAAUAAGCUUGUUCUUCUAGAACUGUUCUCUGUCAGAGCACCACUGUUAUGGAAAGGCUUGUCCUGUCAUGUAGAGGGCCAGAAACCAUUGAGGUCUUCGAAUCAUGCCGGAAAAUCCACCGUUUUAGCUUGGCCUUUAACCUUAAUCUGUGAUUGUAUUGUUAUUUUAGACUUCCUUAGUGAUUCAAUGUUCUCCACUUGUAUCGUAUCUCUUGUAUCUCAGCCCUUUGAUGAGACAUACUAUUUAACAGUGAGCCAACUCAGUGGCCUUGUGCUUAGUGACCACCAUGAGAUCAGAAGGUUGAGGGUUUGAUCCCCGGUCGAGUCACACCAAUUACUCUAAAAAUGGGACCAAAUGACUCUCUGCUUGGCACUCAGCGUAAACAAGAUGGAUUGGGUUAAGUGUCCUGUCCAGGGGGUAUGCUUUUACAUCAAGCUGCCUUCCGCAAUGGAAUCAGGAGAUAGGCUUCUGCCCCUAUGAGCCGUUCUGACUCAGACAAGGAUUACUUACUUACCUAUUGUUCUACUGUAAAAUGUGAUGCAAUUUAAAUGUUUUUCAAAGAAAAUUAGAGUUGUUCAGCCCCCAUUUGAAGUAAUUUUACUCUUUUUGCAAUAAUGUAUAAUUGUAUUAUGGUUAUUUUUUCAUUCAUAUUUCACAAAUGUAUGAUGGUUGUGGUAUUUACUGUAACCCAUGAAACAAACAAGAUAGCAUAACUUCAUAAACAUUGAAUAUAAUGUAGGUUAUUUACAUUCUACAGUAUUUAUUUAGUUCCAACAGCAUACUGUAUUUAUAGCUGUAAUGUACCAGCAUGUACCAGUAGGGCUGUGUCAAAUCAUCAAACCAAUUUAUCAUUAAACAUUGUCUGAUUCAUAACAUUAUUUACAAUUGAGCUUUUAAUAAUGGUACAAAGGGUGAUUUACACAACUGUCAUCAAAGGUCAACUCUUGAAAUUGACUACAAAUUAAACAUACUGCAAAUGUAUUUGUCACGCCCUGGCUCUGGGGACUCUUAUAUGUUGAGCCAGGGUGUGUAGGGU